AUGAGACACAGCACAAUGCAUAGUUUUUCCUCAGCUGGCUCCUACAAGGGAACUGGUCAUUCUGGUGCACAUUGUUCUAAGAUCUCACAGCAUAUUUCAUCCCAUCAAGGGGGCUCCCAUAUGUCUUCUCAUGGAGGGCACUACAGAGCUGCCAGUGUGCAUGGAGGAUCAGUGUGUAGACCAGUCUCGUUCACCAAGCAUCCAUCUGCAAAUCAUGGAUGCAGUACUGGAAGUACCCAUGGUGGCCAUAGUCAUGGGGGCAGUUUUGUAGGUCAUAGUGGGUGGAAAAGUCAUGGUCUUCUUAGCACUAAUGAAAAGGAGACCAUGCAGAUCCUGAAUGGCCGACUUUCAUCCUAUCUGGAGAAGGUGCAUUCACUGGAACAGGAAAAUGCCCAAAUGGAAAAGAAGAUAUGUGAGUGGUAUGAAAACAAUGCACCCAGCUCCUUACCUGACUCAAGUCAGUACUUUAGAAUCAUCCAGGAUCUGCAAAACCAGAUCUCUGCAGUGACUGUGGAAAAUGCCAGAAUUGUAUUGCAGACUGACAAUGCUAGACUGGCUGCUGAUGACUUCCGAAACAAGUAUGAGAUUGAGCUCAGUCUGAGUAACAGUGUUCAAGCUGAUGUCAAUAACCUGCGCAGGAUCUUAGAAGGGUUAAACAGGGACACUUGUGACUUGCAAGCACAGGUUCAGAACCUCCAGGAAGAAUUACAACAGUUGAGGAGGAAUCAUGAGGAGGAAGUAAAUAGUUUGAGAGCUCAACUGGGAGCCAGAGUCAAUGUGGAACUGAACACUGCUCCAUCCGUAGACCUGAACGGAGCCUUGAAUGAGAUCAGAGAACAGUAUGAGAACCUGAUGGACAGAAACAUGAGAGAGGCUGAGACCAUGUUCCGGCAAAGGAGUGAAGAACUUAAUCGUCAAGUGAUGUUUGGGUCUGAACAACUGGAAUCUAUCACAUCUGAGCUUAUUGAGUUGAAGCGCUGUGCACAGACCCUGGAGAUUGAACUACAAAGUCAGCUAAGCAUGAUCUCAGCCCUGGAGUGCACACUAGCUGAGACACAGGCCAGUUACAGUUCACAACUUGCUCAGCUACAAAGUCUGAUUGACAACGUUGAAGCUCAGCUGACACAGAACAGAUCUGACCUUGAGCGCCAGAACCAAGCGUACAGGAUACUCAUGGACCAGAAAACCCAUCUUGAGAUGGAGAUUGCUACCUACAAGCGUCUGCUGGAUGGACAUGACAUUCAAUUCCCUGGACACUUUAUCUCAGGUGGUAGCCAUGGAUCACAUCACAGUGUGACACAUCAUACCCCAGAACAUGUCAGUCAUGCCAGCUGUUAAAUCACUUGCUUCUGCUGAGGUUUAACAAUGUUGAAAGUUACCAGAAAAAAUCUCUCCAAUCUACUGUUUC